AAUUUUCUUUCUGCACCGACCCUACCCAUGUCAUGACUCAACCUCCAUCAAAAACCCUAAAAACGGCCUCUUGCCUCCCCUUGCAUUCUUUUCCCCCGAACCCUUGAAGUUGAAGGCAACCGAAAAUGGUGAAGAAGAGUAAAAAGAGUAAGAGUAAGAGAGUAUCGUUGAAGCAGAAAUACAAAGUAAUAAAGAAAGUAAAAGAGCACCACAAAAAGAAGGCUAAGGAAGCCAAGAAGCUCAAUUUGAACCGUAAACGCAAAGUUGAGAAAGACCCUGGUAUUCCCAACGACUGGCCCUUCAAGGAACAAGAGCUCAAGGCCCUUGAGGCUCGCCGUGCUCGUGCCAUCGAAGAGUUGGAGCAAAAGAAAGCCGCCCGCAAGGAGAGGGCUCAGAAAAGGAAGUUGGGUUUACUACAGGAUGGUGAUACUGCUACUGCAGGAGAACAAGAUUUUGGAGAGGGGAAGAGCAGUGAUUAUUCAACUGGAUUCCAGAAAAACCGGGAUAACUCGGAUAGGGCUUUCUAUAAGGAGUUGGUUAAAGUCAUUGAAGCAUCAGAUGUCAUUUUGGAAGUUCUUGAUGCUCGAGAUCCCCUUGGUACUCGCUGUGUUGACAUGGAAAAGAUGGUGAUGAAAGCAGGCCCUGAGAAGCACUUAGUGUUGCUUCUGAAUAAAAUCGAUCUAGUCCCUAGAGAAGCUGUUGAGAAGUGGCUCAAAUACCUUAGGGAAGAAUUGCCUGCUGUUGCCUUCAAGUGCAGCACCCAAGAGCAAAGGUCAAAUUUAGGGUGGAAAUCCUCAAAAGCAUCAAAACCUAGCAACCUUUUGCAAACCAGUGAUUGUCUUGGAGCUGAGACACUGAUUAAACUUUUGAAGAAUUACUCAAGAAGUCAUGAGAUCAAGAAGUCUAUCACAGUGGGUAUUAUUGGCCUACCAAAUGUCGGUAAAAGUAGUCUAAUUAACAGUUUGAAGAGAUGUCAUGUUGUAAAUGUUGGGGCUACUCCAGGGUUAACCAGAUCAAUGCAAGAAGUUCAUUUAGACAAGAAUGUUAAAUUGUUGGACUGCCCUGGUGUUGUAAUGAUUAAAUCAGGGGAGAAUGAUGCUUCAGUAGCUCUUCGAAACUGCAAAAGAAUUGAAAAAUUAGAAGAUCCAGUUGGACCCGUGAAGGAAAUUCUCAAGCUUUGCCCAGCCACAGUGUUGGUAACAUUAUACAAAGUCCCAAGCUUUGAUUCAGUUGAUGACUUCCUGCAGAAGAUAGCGACCGUCAGGGGUAAGCUUAAAAAGGGUGGUGUUGUGGAUGUUGAAGCUGCUGCAAGAAUUGUUCUGCACGACUGGAAUGAGGGUAAAAUUCCAUAUUUCACUAUGCCCCCAUCGAGGAAUCAGGAAGAACCUUCAGAGGCAAAGAUUGUUUCAGAGCUUGGUAAAGAAUUUAAUGUUGAUGAGAUAUAUAAUGGUGAAUCUUCAUUCAUUGGAAGCCUCAAGUCUGUUGGCGACUUCCAUCCUGUUGAAGUUCCUCCAAGUUGUCCACUCAGUUUUGAUGAAACCAUGCUGGAGGAAGAUGUGCAACAGCAAUCAUCGGCCCAAGGUAAUGAAGGACAGGAGGAUAGAUCUAACAUUGAUAAUGACCAGCCCAUGGAAGGUGAAGAAGACAAUGCAAGAAAAACUAAAGGAACAACUGCCACAAGCAGGCAGAAUGAGAAAUUAUAUUCAGCCGAAGGAAUACUUAAUACAAAAAUGAAAAAAGCAGAAAUGAAGAGGAGGAAAAAAGCCAAGAAAAUGGAUGCCAUGGAUGAUGAUUAUGAUUUCAAAGUGGAUUAUGCUAAGAAGGGAUCUGCCAUAGAUGCGAGUGAUGAGGAGGAAGCUCCAAUCAUCGCUGAAGUGCCUAUGUUGGGUGUUCAGUUUGAUGAUGAGUGAUGACAAUAGUUAAGAACAACUAAAUGGGGAGGCUUUUUUCUUCUUCAUUUUUUCCUCUUUUUGGGACUACUUACAUCCAGUAUGAGCUCUAUCGGAUGUAAAACAUUUUUGUUAAGAACUUUUAUAUGGCUAUUUAUUCCAUUCAGUUUUGUUUCUAUUAUGCAUGUAUUAAUGCCUUAAAUGGGAAUUAUCAGAUUAAUAUAUGCGCGAUAUGUCUUACAUGGUUAUUAUCUUA